UUCUUCAAACAUGCUGAGAUCCAGGCUUAUUGGAUGAUAUAUGCAUGCUAAUAUGGARGAACUGGCAAGAUGUUGAAAAAUAGCUGGUCAAGUAGACUAUUUGCUGGUCGGAAAUCAGCCAGUCAAAGGCAAGGCCAGCAAAUAAGUCAUGUCAGCAAAAAAGGCAAGCAGGAUUUUCUGUCUAACAUUGUUGAAGAGGGAAGCAUGGAGGACUUGCCAAAGACAUUUGAACAAGAAGAACAGUACAUGAACGAGUGUUUGAAAUCCAUUGGAAACAGUGUUGAAGAUGUUCGAAACAGCGAAGUUGAAGAAUAUGAUUUUGAUGACUUUAACUCAAUCGCUAGUACAACAUCCAUGUUAAACCUUGCCGCUGACAUUGACGACCGCCUGCGCCUUUCCAGUCCACCCAACACAUCUACACCACAAAUGACUAGAAGUCCCCCAAAUGGAUAUAUAUUGCCACCAAGUUCCCAGGAUCAGACAAGUGGUUUUGCCAGGAUUCAGGGAAAUGACCAACUCACUAAUUUUCAAAAGUCAUUGUCAAGAGUGCAAAACUGGGACCGUCUAGGGAAGAGUGGGGAGCAAGAGGAUUGGAGUCAAGUGUUAAUACAAGCAUCUGAGGCAGGGGAUCUUAUUACAGUGCAAAAUGCUGUUUCCCACUUGGGUGCRACYAAGGAGUCUUUYAUCAAUGCKAGGGAUGCUGCUGGCAACACCKCCCUGCACAAAGCCGCACAGAAUGGCAGGCUYCAGUGUUUAAAGUGGCUYGUAAAGCGGGCACCUAUUGAGGCAGURGCUAUUGGAAACCAUGAUGGCAUGACACCCACUGCCAUGGCAACACAGUAUGGUCAGGUUAAGUGUCUAGAGUGGCUUGUAGAUCAAACAGAAGCCAGACYAGAGUUAGAAUUCAAAGAACAUUCAUUCAACUUGUUACACCUUGCUGCCAAGGAAGGUCAAGAAGAGUGCUUGAGGUUUUUYCUUUCCUAUGUCAGACUCGCAAUAGACGUGACAGGGAGAAAUCAAACACAGACGAUACUGUUGACCAUGAUAACAAUUACAAGACAACAGACUUCGAUAAAYUUAUCAGAUCGUCAUCUCCAAAAACAACUGAACAACCAGUAGUCAACAGGCCACCACCGUCAAACCAUGACCGAUCAGUGGUUACCAGGGUACCUCCGAUUGAACAUACAGUCGUUACCAGGGUAUCCCCGUCAGUUAAUGAACGAACGGUGGUCACUAGGCCAUCUCCAAGAACCUCUAACUCUUCUGAUACCUUCACGACGAGAAAACAUACAAGAGUACAUUUUGAAGAUUCUAGAGGCCAAGUUGUUAACAAAGCACCAAGAGACUCGUCCUCGUCAAAUUCCGUGAGUUCAUCUCGCUCCCAAUCCCCAUAUCGAUCCGAUCGUUCAACGGCAAGUUCGACCGAGACAGUACUGGUAGCUACCCCACUAGAACAUCGCCAUACGUCUUAUAGAAACUCAGGGAGACAUGAUCACGUUGAAWUGACUCYUGAAAAACCUUACSCUGUACAUAGAGCMGUUGAGAAAAACAACCGAUACGAYUCAYRUGAAAAUAACCAGCAAAGAACUUUAUAUGAGAGUACAAAUAAAGGCAAGUCCUUCAAGGAAGAKUUUGAUAAUACAAGGUUACGAAARGGGUUGCCGUCUAAACUAUUAACAAAACACGAUUCCAACAAUCAACAAGCAAGYCUAUCUUGGCAUGGACCGGAYGGCUURAAACACUCAACACCAAACCCGUCUAAAUCCACAAGGGAUAGAGUGAAUGAUUUCGAAUUGUUAUUGGRUAACGACUCAGCCAAUCAGCAUAAUAGGCUUUCUUGGCACGGACCUGAUCCAGAAGAUGGACUAUCAUACCAAGAGUAUUUUGCGCAUGACUCUUUUAAUGAGAAUAGCAGCAGGUCACCUGAAAGGCGGGCUCAAAUCUCUUGGGCUGAUCAUAGAAAUUUCGCCUUCAAUGGACAGACUCGACGAGACGACUAUCAUUUACCAAGGGAAUCGCAACAUAACAUAUCAUUUGGUUCCAUGACUACGAAUUUUGGAGAAAAACCUUGGUAUGAAACAGAAGAAGUUGAAUUAUAACAACAGUGGUAGAACAGAAUUCAGAAAAAAAWUUUAAUAUUUGAAGAUUAAUAUAUUUGUCAUGCCGUGAGUUUUCAGCAGCGUGAUAUUUGUAACCUUUUCUUGGUUCAAAUGUUUUGUGAUGUAAAUCUUUUUAUCAAAAUAUAACAUGGAAUUAUUGACGUCGGUUUAAUAAAACGAUUUAUACAUGCA